ACUUAAACGCAUCCAACGGUUACGUAUUGCCAUUUGCGGAAGAUGUGUUCUAAAUUAGCUAAAGAACAACAUAGCGCUUGAAUAUCACCUUAGCAACAGAAUAAGAAACAAGAGUUCAGAUAUCGUUUGGUAAUCCGCCGCUGAAAAAUACUAUAUUCGGUGUAGUGUCUCCUUGAAACUUCUGGCUCUCUCUGGUCUGCUGUAGGUGCUGCGGGCAGUCAGCGGGCGUCAUCGUUUUGCUGUUGUUGUGGCGGCGCAAACCGGGGAAGCGUCCAAUGAGUCAGCUGCUGAAAGGGGUUAAUUUCACCUAACGAACCUAUAUAUAUAUCGAUAACAACCCUUGUGGAAACAGCAAGAGACAUCUUCUUGAAUUGACGACGUUUUUUUUAGAGCUUAUACAAUGGCAGUUCCGGUAGCUGCUUUACAGCUGAACACAUCUUCCAACGUUAGCCCGGGUCUGCUGGAGCACAACAUCCACAUCAACGACAGGGAUCUGGGGAGGAUUUCAAGUAACAAUGAAAGCGACACUCUCCCCUUACACUCGCCGUGGACUUUCUGGCUCGAUAGGUAAGAAACUUAGUGAGCAUUUCCACCCUUCUGUUCGUGUAUAAUUCACGUUUAUUCGCUCUAAGUAGGUGAACUCUUUGUUGCUGACCUUUAAUGAGAACAAAGAAAGGAGAUGACGAACAUAUCAGGCCUGCUGCAAGUCAACCUAGAUAACAUUACAAGUGCGUUUAGAGACCGUGGAAGGGGGUUGUAUGCGUGGAUAAAUCACGGCAAAUAACAAUAUUCAAGUAGAGCCUGAAGCUUUUCAACCGACUAGUUUUCUCUCUGACCUACAUACGUAAGCGCUCUACUUUCAUGGGAUCUUAAAAUAAACAAAGCGCUGUAAUUGUGACUAUCUGACCAACACGAAACGACAAGACUUGAACUCAGACAAGGUCAGUUUGAGUCCAUUCCACAGCAAUGUUCGUGUUUCUUUCCUGAGAGCUCGUUCUAUGUCUGAAAACUUGUUGAGUCACUGCUAUAAAGUGUGUCCGCUGCCAUAUUGUUGAGAGAGUGCACCCUUUCCCCUCUUCUCCAGAUCUGGAUGUAUGUAGCUUAACACUUGACAUAACCUUUAAAAAAUCCACGUUUUAAUAUUCAGAUGUUUUUGAAGAAGUAUUAAGUGCAGAGUUCAGCAAGUUCAAGUGACCACAAGUUACACAAGCCUCAUCAUCCUCAUGACAAAUAAGAGGGUGCUGUGUUCAAAUGGGGUCAAUGUUGUUUACUGUUUACAGGCUUGUUUGUCAUUUGAUCCCCCCCUCGACCUGUCUACACAAGGGGCAGCUUGCUGGAAAAUGUCUGAGUGUCAAGUUAGGAUGACAGGAAUCUUUGUCAUUCUGGUAAAGAUGCAAAUGGAGACUGUGGAAUGUAUUUAAAUGUGUGUCUUUCAGAUCUCUACCUGGGACUACAGCAGCUGAAUGCGAGUCUAACCUGAAGAAGAUCUACACAGUGGAGACUGUCCAGGUAAGAUGCUGUACAAUAUGCUCCAAAUUAUCUCACGGAUUGGAAAUCAUUGAGACUCAUAAAAGAAACUGUAGAUGUAGAUAUACAGUAGGCUACUGCGUUUCACGCCGACAGGAAGACCGACUGAUCAAACUCAGACCAGAAAAGCAUUUUCAACUACCCCCCACAUAUUUUGAUUUUGAUGUAUAGGUCUCCAGGAUCAGUGUUGGGUUCGAUAUAAAAUGAAAAAAUGAAAAUGUGACUAUCUCUGGAUGUACUGGUUACUGCAUCUGUGUAUCAAUAAAAAGAUGCUGUACAAUUGCAAACCAGCUGCGACCAUGGACCCAAAGCAUCUCUCAGAUCAAAACAUGUGCAGAGACAUACCUCCAAUUUUACGGACUCUUCACUGGCUCCCAGUCCGCUUUCGCAAUGAUUUUAAAAUUCUUUUGUUUUUAGAGCUCUCAAUGGUCUUGCCCCUCCUUACCUGUCAGAGCCUUAAGGUCCUCUGACCAGUUACUGUCAAGCAUCCGCAAAACCAGACUCAAGUCUACAGGUGACAGGGCUUUUUCAGCCGUUGCCCCUAUACUGUGGAACCAUUUACCUGGCCAUAUUAGAGCCUCACAGACCUUAGAGUCUUUUGAAAUCAUUCUUAAAGACCCCCCUUUCUUUUACUGUCUGUAUUUUAUUCCACAGCUUUUGAUUUUAUUGUUUUAUUGUUAUCUAUCGAUGCAUUUACUUCUUUUAUUUAUCCCAUGUCCAGCACUUUGUUUGACUGCUGUCUUUUUAAAGGUGCUUGAAAAAUAAACUUUGACUUGACUUGACAUUGCUUUCCACACUGCUGCCACAUACAAUAUGCAGCAUCAAGCUGCAGCAUAAACAGUCAUAGCACCCCUAUAUAUAUAUAUAUAUAUAUAUAUAUAUAUAUAUAUAUAUAUAUAUAUAUAUAUAUAUAUAUAUACAUCAAAUGCUUGCAUUACAGCUUGUGCAUUGCCUCAUUAUUUGCUUUAACUUGCUAGAAAGACUUCAGUAAUCUUCAGAUCAUUUAUUAAAGAUACAAAAGAUCCCAAAUUACCAAGUACAUAGCAACUUUUAUAGUGAUUUAAGAGCCUAUGCACAUCUCUUUGGAUGCCCAAUUUUGGUUUUAUGUCGAUGUCAUUGAGGGCAAAAAGUAAGAGCCUCUGCAGCAAUUUUCUACACCGUAACAUAUGUGAAAUAUUAACAAAGCCAGCUGACUGUCUGCACUCCCUGUGCCCGUAAACAGUUCAAUAAAAAGAAAAAAUCUGCUUCCUUUUCACCUCUGCUCUUGAGUAGAACUUUUGGAGAGUUUACAACAACAUACCCGGCGUCUCCAGCCUGCCGCUGAGAUGCAGCUAUCAUCUGAUGAGAGGAGAGAGAAAGCCUCUCUGGUAAGUUUGAAUCUGAUAUUAUUGCGUUUUUUUACUUUAUCGACUGGUUUGUGUACUCUAAUAUUGCCUGUUUUUUUGUAUAAAGGGAAGAAGAGAGCAAUGCUAAAGGUGGUGUUUGGAAAAUGAAAGUACCCAAAGAAUGCACAGUAAGUAUCAGAAACUGUGUGAGUAUUUUUCAGGUGCUAUUUGAUUGAAUUUCUUUCAUAACAAAUAUAUGUUUAUAUUUACAGUCUGCUGUGUGGAAGGAGUUGCUGUUGGCGACUAUUGGAGAACAAUUCAGUGAUUAUUGUGCCUCAGGUAAAUUUCUGCAUUGAGUAAUGAGAAACUUCAGCAGCUUUAAGACCAUAAAUCCAGUGAUGGAAAUACAUCUGAUGCGAGUUGAUCUCUGCUUCCUGUUGCCGCUCUUGCAGAUGAUGAAGUAGUCGGGGUGAGCGUCAGUGUAAGAGACAGAGAAGACGUCUUUCAGGUGUGGAACGGAAAUGCAUCCUGUGCUACUGAGUCCAACAUCUUAGGGAGGAUCAACGAGCUCCUUCCACAAAUACCCUUUAAAGCCGUGUUUUACAAACGUGAGUAUCAACGUUGAAUAUCAACGCUCAUACAUCGACAGUUUCGUUGGAAUAAGGUUGUGAUUGUUGUUUGUGCUUGUCUUUCAGCUCACGAGGAGCACCACGCUUUCGAGGGAGGCCGAUCAAGACAUUAGCACAUCUCGCACGUCAGAACCCUUUAGAUGUACAUGUAAAUCGCUUAUUUUGGAUAAUGUUUGGGCAAAUUUUGACGCAGUCGAAUUCAUAGUUGCUUUACGUGUCAUCUUAAUUACCUCAAAAUGUAGCCAAUGUUUUAUGAACUUUAGUCGGUGGGAUUUCCUUCUUUGAGCACUGCUGUCAUCCAUCACAUUAUCUAAAAUACUUUUAUUUUACUCAAAUAGUAAGACCGUUCCAGUUUGAUUUUAUCUAUAGCAGUGUUUGUACGUUUUUAUACUGACAAGUUAUGCAAAAACCAAAAACAGCAGAUCGUGUACAGUAAUGGUUGUUUUUUUUAGAUGUAUUAUAACAUACUGUAUUUUGGCUAGUUUUCUUGAGCACAGACAUGGCUCAGUCAUCAAAUUUAAUCUAAUUUUUGAAUAAAAACGGAGGCAAAGUUCCACAAAGCAACCAUAUAUCUUUACUACACACCUUUUUUUUUCCAUUCACCUCUUUCCUCUCUUUUGUAUGUUACAGCCAAAACACUGCUGCCUAUAAUGGACAACUUAAAUGUUAAGUAUGCUGUCAUGCUAGUAUUCGAGCAUAAAAUUGCACAUUUGUUGUUUUUUUUUUCCUUCUUUCUUUCACACAUGGGCGAAUUGUGGAAAAAAAAAAAAAGUCAUGAUCAUGUUACCAUAGAAAGGCCGCAGUGCACAAAAUGGAAAAAAAAAAAAAAUCAUAGGUAGAUGCUGAGAAAUAUAUGCAAUCAUUUUUACUCUGUAGAAUUUGUAGUGUCAUGGUUGUCAUUUUGUUUAAGCUCUGCCCUAAAUCAAGCACUUUGUUUUCUUACAGUUUGUGAAAGUCAUAAGAUUAGAUAGUCCUGCUGGGAUUUUUACAGAGUUUUGAUGACUGAGACCAAAUCUAGUUUGGUUCUAUGUCCUUUUUUUGAUCUAGUGUAAAACUGUUUGCUCAUUUUCUUUACAUUGGGUUCUGCUUUAAUGUAGGAGACAAAGUAUAAAAAUGUUUUUUUUUAAUUGUAUUCAAUUGACUUGAGUUCAAAUUGAAUUUGUAAACCCCAAGAUGAACAGUGAGUAAUCGAAAACCCUCAAAACUUCGUGAGUGUAGUUGAAAUCCAACUUCACUUAAAACCACCAUCUAUAAAAAAGUUGUGUUCAAAAUAAAUGUAUGGAAAAUUCAGAAGUUAAACUGUUUAACUUUUCACCUAAGGCACUUUCAUUGUCAGUUUGGGUCAGCGGAAAGCAAAGCAGAUUACCUUGAUUAUAAGCAACAUUACACUUGGUCAUGGUGUCUUUUCUAUUCAUUGAUGGAGUGUACUUUAAACCCCGCAGGAAGCCUUCAUACGCUGAAGCAGAUUCACUGGUUGACUUGGCAGCAUUUCAGAAUUUUUACUUUUUAUGCUCUGUUCAUUUCACGAUGUAAAAAGCACAUUCUGUUAGAGACUCUGAAUAAUUUACCAUUGCACAUACACAGUUGACCACUCACUUCAGAUCUCAGACUUUGUAUCUGAUUGUUGAUCUUGGAUGGUGCCUUGUGUUCACCAGCAGUUUAGAAUGUCACCUGUGUUCGGCAUGUUGGACUUGUAAAUACUCGUGUUUCUCUAUUAGUUUUACACAUGUUUGAGAAAUAAAGACGCUUAAACUUUCACCCUUUGGCAUUUUGAGUUCCUCCUUUAAUAUCGGAUGAGAAUAUCUGUGAAAAAGACAGCUGGCAGUGAAAUAACCCUUUAGUUCUGGUUUUAUAUUCCAAGUUGAAUAUAUGAAUCUGGAAUUUUUUAAAAAUCUGUCCAGUAGGUUUUUCCAAUAUGUCAUUGUGUGUCUGUGUUACUGGCAAAUGGUCAAACUUUCUCAAAAAUAAACCUCAUUUUACAAUA